CACGGGGCUAAUCUGUGAGCGUGCCGAGUGGCCGUUCCUGCUGUGAGGAUUCGCCUUAAUGGCGCCUGCGCCGGGCCCGUGGGAUGCUUCCCACAUGCCCGUCUCCUCAAGGGGGGGUGUCCUUCUGCCCCUCCUGGGGUCCAGGAGAGGAGCCCGGAGAGGGGGUUACUGUUCGGGCCCAGUCACCUCAGUCCCCACAGGUAAAUAGGAGGGGAGUCGAGCUGGGCACCGUGGGUGUGAAGUCACUGACUUGGCUCUAAAAAGCGCUUGAGGUGACGGAGGAAGAUUUGCCGCUUGCACCGUGCGCCUCCUGUAGCUUCUGUGGGCAGUCCUCACUCCUGCGGGAGCAGAGUGCGGUUCUGUUGUUCCAGGGAGACUGGCUGCCACCCAGAGAGCUUGGUGUCUUCCCUCCGUUGACGGGCGCAGCUUAGGAGCAUCCGUAUCCACCUCUGCACGCCGGGAGACAACUGACACUGGGUCCUGGGCCCUGGGUCUUCAGCCAUGGAAGUCCUGGGCCCUGCCCAAGUCUCCGCCUUGUCUGUCACAGCCCUGGCCAGAAUGCUGUCUUUGGGAGAGGGGUCAAGGUGGCAUCGUCCUCACCGGAAUCAGAGGGAGUCACAUCAGAAGCGACCCGCCUGGGGAAGCACCGCACGGCGGGAAAUGACAGUCGGUCCCUGAAGUCUCGGCUUUUGUGGACGAGGCAGAGCCAAACAGGUGAAGGGUCACAGGGGUCAGUGCCCAGGGGUCAGUGCCCAGACUGCUGUGGAGGAGGGAGGCGAGGCUGGGAGCUGCCGGCAGCACAGACCCACGCAGAGCAGGGCGCCCGGCAGAGCCUCCAGCUCCCCUUGCACAGAGGGCCUCGCUCGGCCGGUUGUGAACAUGCUGUCCUUUCUGAACAGCCUCCUGGCGUGGAUCUGAGCGGAGGCUGCGGCAGCGGUGGCCGAGCCCUGGGGCUUCCCCUCGUCCUCCUGCUCCCAGGCUGUCCUGUCUCUGAGGGUUUGCUCGCUGCAGGCUGUUCUCCGUUUCCUUGGGUGCAGCUGUCUUGGUCUCGGACUCCUGUGCAGAGCGGUGCGUCCUUGGGCACUCUCCAUCCCUAACCUCUCCACACCUGUCUGCGUCCGGCUUGGAGCUGGUCAGUGGUGGUGAGAACGGAAUGAGUUACUGGGCGUGAGGUUGUUUGAACAGCCCCAGCCGUGGGCGGUGGGCAGCCUGCAGCUCCUCUCUGUUAGGCUUGGUUUGGGGCGAGGCCCAGUUUCAGGCUCUGUCUGGACACCUUCUGAAAGGACCAGCCCUGCCGCUGUGGCCGAGCCCUGGGCACCUGCUUGCAGACGUCCUUUCCCUGUGGAUUGAUCUGACCCUUGUAGUUCAAGGUUUGUGGCAAUCUAAUAUUUAUUACUUCAUUAGAUCUUCGUACCAACCCUCAGUGGCCUCAUUUCACAGAUGGAAAAGGCAGACCUGGCAAAUAAUUUCCAAAGAGAAAAAAGCCAGGGCUGGGGUUUGGCCAGCCAGGCUGCUGGGCGGGGCCUGGGCCCACGAGCUGCUCAUCCCACACACGCGCCUGGAGCCCCGGCCCUGCUCACCCCUCGGCCUUCCAGCCUCUCCUUUCUGCUGAUGCACUUUUAUGCUUCUCGGUGCGCAGGUGUCUCUGGCUGGACUCCCCCGGCCAAGCGGCAGGCAGCAAGUUUUGAGAAGCAGGUGAGGUUAGCAGACCUGCCACCCCCUUGGGGGCUGGGGCAGGAGCCCAAGAGCAGAAGCUUUGAAACCACCCUCAGAAUCCCCAGGGGAAGGGCUUCAGGGACACAUGGACAAAUGGACACUUUGCAGGUUCCCUGCUUGUUUGUUUAUUUGUACGAGAGCCGCUGAGGUAGACCAGCAGGGAUUCGGCCCGUCCUGGGUGAGAGGGACCUCAACCCCAGGUUUGCCAAGGGGACCCCUGCAGGCCCUGGCGUCCUAAGACCGGCUCUUUUGCUGAUGGCGGCACAUAGGGGCCCUCUCCCGGGGACGUAAGCCAGCGCCCUCCCCUCGAUCCCUCAACAGGAGAUGGCACGUGGAGCCCUGUCUUCGUCUUGAAGCACUGAGGCCCACCCAGCUGCCCCUUCUCCCACCUUCUGCCCUUGGGCCCCACCCCUGCUGCAGGGCGAGGUCGGGGAGGGAGAUGGUGGGCCGGGCAGGGGCAGGUCACAGGUGCCUUUGCCCAGAGUGUUGUCUGGGCGACAACAGGACUUCUGCCUGGCACACCGAGCUGCGGCCAGAGGCUCUGAUGGGGGCCCAACAGGCCUGCCUCUGUUCCAGCUGGAGGGUUUCUGUGAAGAUGGUGGGUGAGCGGGCUGUGCGCUGAGAAUGAACCACAGGGCGGGCGGCUGAUCUGGGGAUCCUCGCGAGGGCAGGGUGCCCUCCACGGAGGGGAGGGUCUGUGAGGUGAUGAGGAUGCUGGUCCAGCGGGAUGACAGGUUCUCCUUCCCUGUCGGGAGUGUCUGUCGUGGGCGGUGGCGGUGCUGAUGUUUCACUCUGAGCUUGUUAAUUUUGUAAUUCUUUAACAAGGUGAUUUCGGUCCAGGAAGAACUCUAAAACUCAGGUCAUCAGCUAGGAAAGGUAUUGGCAGUAAACACAACAGAUGAGGGGAGUUAAGGUGGGGGAAAUGCUGGGAGAAAAUAAGGAAAUUCCCCCCCCAGAGCCCUCCCCCUGCCCCCCCCCCUUCAGUCUGAAGGCUUCUUGGAGCAGCAGAGUAAAAAGACCCCUGGCACAGACGGGCCGAGGGUCCCAGUCUCUGGGCUCACAAUAGGGGGGCGGAUCUAAGCCCCGGGAGGUGGGUGCAGGGUGGUGAGCGAGGCUGAGGCUGGGGGCCCUUCAGCAGUCACAGGCUGGUUCCUCAGCACGUCGGGAUUUUGGAGACGUGAACGCUCCUUUCCACUGAGAAAGUGCUAAAACAACAACUCUUAGACAAGUUGGUGCGGAGCACACAUCAACAUUUAUUCAGUCGCCGUCAGAGGAGCCAGCAUGUGACAAAAGCGUGUUAGUUCAGAAAGGAUAUGAAACCUGGGGGGGAUUCUCGGGAAACAGAUGCCUGUUACAUAAGCGGCUUGUUUACUCGUGAGGAUCCCAGCUUCCUUCCACACGGUCAUCUGUUCGUCUGUAGCGUCGUGUCAGAGGAAAUCGGACAGGACGCCCAGGGCACCACACGGUGCCCACUUUCUCCGUUCAGGGCCCUACGGCGGCACCUUUGGCAGCUCCUCGGCUCUGCUGUCGUGCCACGGAAAGUAGCCGGGGCCGAUACGAUGCACCUGAAAUUUGAGUUUCUUGUAACUUACACGUGUCACAAAAUAGCCUUUUUUUUUCCAAUCCACUUAAAAUGUAAGAACCAUUCUUAAUCUCUAGGCUGUGGACCGGACCUGGCCUGCAGGCCGUCGCAUGUGGCCCCGGCGCACAGAUGCACCGCGGAAGAGCCGGGCAUCGAAGCACACGCGGCGGCGGACACAGGUCACCAGGGAUACGUGCUGCUCGCCCUGCUGGGGUCAGCUAGCACAGAUGUGGACAGUGUUCCCGGGUCAGCAGCACCUCCCCAGCGACGGUUCUGCUCUUAGACGUUUCAUCAAAUGGCUAGUAAACGCACGGAAUGCAAAAUCUGUACAAUUCUUAGUUUUGGAACAUUUUGGGGAGCACAUAUUUUUUUGCUUCUUUGACAAAUGAGGUACUUCUCACUCUUGCUGUGUGGCCUUGGGCAGGUCCCCUCACCCUCCUGGGCCUCCAUUUUCCAUCCUUUGAAGAUCAGAGUAGUAGCUUCUCACACAAUUCUUGUGGGGAAAAUGCCCUUUGCACAGUGACGGGCACUUGAGGGCCUGAGGAAAACCUAAGCACAGGAGCUCACAGGGUCCCCAGGUGCCCACUUGACCCUGACCCCCAGAAGCCCAGCUCCCUUCUGAUGGAAGCAGGGAGGUGAGUCCUAUACCCACUUCCUCCAGGAAAACUGCCCCAAGGAGCCCCCCAGGCCCCUCCUGGGGCUGGUGAGACCAGCCUUUCCCUUGAGAGUGGGUGGGGCAUCGGGCCCCAGAGGAGAGACACAGGGACCCUGGGGGAAAGGCUGCCCUUGGUCUCCCUCUGACUUCUUCCCCCAGGGACCGUCACGCUCUUGUGUUGAGGGCGGCCCUGGAGGGUCUUUCGUGGGCGAGAAGAGCCAGGCCUCCAGCCAACCAGGGUAGAGAAGGAAAAAUCCCAAGUUUCUCUGUGAUUGGAUUCAGGCUUUGUUCGUUAUUCAAAACUGUUAAGCACCUGCUGUGCUGGAGGUACAGCAGCGAGAGAGAGGCUUGGCUGCCCUCACAGGGUGUACACUUCAGACAAGACUGAUAAACACACAGGUAUGAUGAAUGCCGCAAAAGAGAGGUGGACGAUGUUAUUGCUCGUGGGGGGGCUUGUGGCAGGGGUGAUGGGACCAAAGUCAGGAAAAAAUGAGUGGCUGCUGACCAGGUUAAUGAAGGAGGGGAGGAUGUUCUAAGAGCGGGGGACUAGCAUGUGCAAAGGGCCCGUGGCAGGGGGAGCCUGCAACAGCAAAGGCACCGAAGACACGGCAGUCAUUCUCUGUCCCAGCACCGUUUGCUUUUUGCAGCCCAGUAACCAGUUUCUGAAAUUACCCUGUUUCUAUUUUUACUUGUUACUCUACUCACCUCACUAAAAUGUCAGCUCUCUCAAGCCAGGAAUCUGUCUUGUUCAUAGUGUCCGUAGCUCCUAGGACAGUGCCUGGCAAAGAGCAGGUGCUCAACAAAUAUUUGUGGAAAAUGACAGUGACAUUGAUGAUGGUGGUGGUGGUGAUGAUGGUCAUGGUCAUGGUGAUGGUGACAAUGAUGGUGGUGAUGGUGAUGCUGGUGGUGACGAUGGUGGUGGUGAUGAUGGUGAUGGUGAUGGUGGUGGUGGUGGUGGUGCUGGUGCUGGUGGUGACAGUGGUGGUGGUGGUGGUGGUGAUGGUAGUGGUGACGUCCGCAUUCCAGGCAGACGCUGUGUGCAGUCCUGUGCCAUUGCACUUCCAAGAAUCUCACGUGUGUGAACUUGUGUGAACCUCGCCGCCACCUGUGAGAGAUGGAAGUAACUUGCUGAGUCUCACAGUGGUCGGUGCCUGCGUCAGGAUUCAUCUCAGGCAGGCUCCCCCGAGAUCACGCCCUGCCGCACCGCCGCAAGAUGCAGGCCUGGCCCGGUGGAGCCCAGAUGCACAGCUUCCCUGCCGUGGGACCCACUCCUCUCUCAGCGUCCCAGGAAAUGACAGGACCUGCUCCCUGUGGAAGGCCCUUCUCCUUUUUAUAUUCAUCUGCAGCUGUUUCUUGAAUGGCUGCGCCUUCAUUUGUUUAACCGGUCCUGACCUGUCGGGCCUGCGGGCUGCUCCAAUCCUGUGCUGUUCACCAGUGAUGCCCCAGUGAGGCUGCUAGUACCUAAUGGUUCCCUCACUUCUUUGGUCUCAUAGAUAAAUUGCUCUGCUGAAGCUGCGCCCGAAUCCAUUGCCUCUCUCCCGCUCUGUUCAAGCCCGUGGCUUCCAGGAUUCAAUCCUGUUUUCCCUUCUUUGGCUCUCAGUUUCACCCCGCAGGGGAGCCCAUGUCUACGAUGGGGCUCUGACCCAGGAACACUCCCAUGACCACUGGACACUUAGCUUGGACGUCGCACAGACACCUCGAAAGCUACAUUUUUCUUCUUUUGGGCAGAGAAAAUACUCUGUGUAAUAUGAUCAUGAUAGAUACAGCUCAUGAUACAUCUGUCCAGACCCACAGAAUAUAGAAGACCAGGGGUGAGCCUCAUGUCAACUCUGGGCUCUGGGUGGGGAUGACCUGUCCGUGCCGCUUCAUCAGUGUUAACAGAUGUACCCUGUGGUGGGGUGUUGAUGGUGGGGAAGCUGUGCAUGCAGAGGGGCAGGGCGUGCACAGGAGCUCCCUGUGUCUCCCCCCCAGUUUUGCUGUGCCUAAAACUGCUCUAAAAAAUAGUCUUAACUUUAAACAAUGAAAUAGGCAUGCAAAAAUAUACGAAAAUACUUAACACCUGUGUUCCCUCCACCCAGCUUUAGAAAUUACAUACCUAGAAAGCCCUUGGUGCAUUCUCCGCCCGCCCCCCCCCCCCCCCCCCCCCCGCUAUCUAUUCCUCUCCCUGCCCCAAAGGUAACUGCUGUCCUGAUUCGGCUUUGUCAUCCUCCACCCAUGUCUCAGCAAGUCUAGCCUUGCUCACUUAAAGCCGGAGCUGGUUCACACCUGGACAAGUGCUGGGGCCACUUCCCCUGACCCACUGCACAGGGCCUCCACCCAGCUCUCCGAGAGUCUCUGCCGGCUCUGUCCCUGCAGGGUGGGGUCUCUGUGAGGGCGAGGGUCGCCUCUGCCCUUUGUCCACCGCGGCUCCCGCCCCAGUACCCGGGGCAGGGGGCUCAGUAGAGGGUGGGGUGUCCAUGCAUCUGCUACGUUACUGGGUCCAUGUGGAUGGGAUUUUUUUUUUUUUCAGUAUUUAACUAUAUUUUCUGAUUAAAAUAGAAAAAAAAGGGGGCUGAGAGUAAGGGCAACGGAAAUUACACUGUGCUGAUACAGAGACUUUAAAUUCUAGUCAGAGUUAAGGUCCAUGUUAAAGGUCAACUGAUGGUUCCAAGGAAAUAACAUGGAGUCUGGUUGAGACAUACAUGAGCUGAGUGUCAUCAUUAGCCGCAAUAAUGGAGGAAAACAGCUCUCAGCGAAAUUGGAGUCCACACCUGUCAGGCACGGGUAGGGAGAAGUCUGCAGAAAUGGGUUCUCUCCAUGCCCCCGUGACAAAGAAGGCUCCUGGUUUGAUGGGAAGAGUAGCUCUAGUUCCCAGAUGGUGUCCACAGCUCAGAGCCGAGUCUAGCAGUGGAACUGAGCGGAGCACGUAGGCACACACACAACGUAAAAUUGACCAUCUUCAUCAUUUUUAAGUGCACAAUUCAGUGUCAUUAAGUUUAUUCGCAUUGUUGUGCGUCCAUCGCCACCAUCAUCUCCAGAACCUUCUCAUCUUCCCAAACUGAAACUCUGUCCCCAUUACACCCUCACUCUACACCCUCCCCCAGCCCCUGGCACCCCCCCACAUCCCACCCUCUGUCUCUGUGGAUUUGAUGACCUCAUACACGUGGAGCCAUACAGUGCCCGUCCUUCUGUGACUGGCUGUUUCACUCAGCGCAACGCCCUCCGUGUUCAUCCUGUUGGAGCAGGUGUAAGAAUUUCCUCCCCUCCCCCUUAUUUUUUUAAAUAUUUAUUUAUUUAUUUAUUUACUUUUGGCCGUGUUGGGUCUUUGUUGCUGCACGCGGGCUUUCUGUAGUUGCGGCGAGCGGAGGCUGCGCAUUGCAGAGCACGGGCUCUAGGCGCGUGGGCUUCAGUAGUUGCGGCACAUGGGCUUAGUGGCUCCGCAGCAUGUGGGAAUCUUCCCGGACCAGGCCUCGAACUCGUGUCCCCUGCAUUGGCAGGAGGAUUCUUAACCACUUCGCCACCAGGGAAGUACACCCCCUUUUUCUUUUUUAAAUUUAUUUAUUUAGUUGCACCGGCUUGCAGAAUGCGGGCUCCUUAGUUGCAGCUCACGGGCUCCUUAGUUGUGACAUGAGGAUUCUUAGUUGCGGCAUGCAUGCAGGAUCUAGUUCCCCGACCAGGGAUCGAACCUCGGGCCCCCUGCAUUGGGAGUGCUGAGUCUUAUCCGAUAGACCACCAGGGCAGUCCCCAGGAUUUCCUCCCUUUUUCAAGGCUGGAUGAUGCUCUGCUGUAGUUAGCUGUGCAGAUGGUUUUGACCAGGCCGUGUUCCCUGUAGCGGCUCCGCGGUCCCAAGAGUGGCUGCCGACCCCUCCCCAGCAUCACCAGUAUGGACUCAGGGGAGACCGGCAUGUGUGCCAGUGUGGGAAUGGCCAGCUCUCCAGCCACGCCCUAGGGCCUGAAACGCCCCCUCCCCUUGGGCUCUGUCUGUCCUUCCUUGGGGCACUCUGGCCCUUCGCCCCGUGGAGACCUCGCUCCAGGUGAGGGAGAGAACUGCUUCCAGCAUCUCUCUGCCAUGGAGACGGGGAACUAGAAAGUGCAGCAAUUUUAAGAGUCAAGGAAGUCGUGCACCUGAGGGGGGCCUGUGGCCUUUUCCUUUCCCCCCCAACACUCCCCCAAAGGUGGAGUCCCCACCUCUCCAAGCCAACCGAGGGGGGCUCCGAGAGUCACCGAGAGAGAUCGGGGUGCCUGCAGAAGGGACAUCUCCUCACCCAGGGGGCUUGCUGAGCUACCCUCUGUGUCAUCCGAGAUGAUGGAGCUGGAAAAGAGAGCCAGAGAGAGACAGCCAGGCAGAGGGGGCCCCAUUUGCACAAGAGGAUGUGUGAUUUUCCUCCAGCUGACAGCACUCCAAGGAGGCACGCCCGUGGACCAUCUCGCUGAUACCAGGGGAGCUGCCAGCCAGAAAUCUCUAGCUGCAGCCUGGCCAGGAGCGGCUCCACCUCUGUGGCUGGUCCUCCCACACCCAGGAACAUCUUCUGAGGAUCCGCGGCUGGCUGCCCCAAGGGCCUGAAGCUCACGUCUGGCAGCUCUACCACCCCUGCCACAGGGAGCGUGGGUGUGGAAUCACGACCCGUGUCCUUUGAUCUGGAGACUGCCCUGGUUGGGUGUGCAGAGCACUUGGAGUGAUUGCCUGCGAGAGUCACCAACUCUACACGAAGGAACCAUGGACACAAUCAGCGAGGUGGUGCAGCGGGCCAGAGCCGCCUUCAACGCGGGCAAGACGCGCCCGCUCCAGUGCCGCGUCCAGCAGCUGGAGGGGCUGCGGCGCCUGAUCCGCGAGCGCGAGAAGGACCUCGUGGGCGCGCUGGCCGCCGACCUCCGCAAGAACGAAUGGACCGCCUACUACGAGGAGAUCGUGUACGUCCUGGAGGAGAUCGACUACGUGAUCAAGAAACUCCCUGAGUGGGCUGCGGACGAGCCCGUGGAGAAGACGCCCCAGACCCAGCAGGAUGAGUCCUACAUCCACUCAGAGCCCCUGGGUGUGGUUCUCAUCAUCGGCACCUGGAACUACCCCUUCAGCCUCACCGUCCAGCCCAUGGUGGGCGCCAUUGCUGCAGGGAACGCGGUGGUCCUCAAGCCGUCGGAGCUGAGUGAGAACACAGCGAGCCUGCUGGCCACCAUCCUCCCCCAGUACCUGGACAAGGAUCUGUACCCGGUGAUCAGUGGGGGUGUCCCCGAAACCACGGAGGUGCUCAAGGAGAGAUUUGACCACAUCCUGUACAUCGGGAGCCCCGGGGUGGGCAGGAUCGUCAUGAUGGCUGCGGCCAAGCACCUGACCCCCGUCACGCUGGGGCUGGGGGGCAAAAACCCCUGCUACGUGGACAAGGACUGUGACCUGGACGUCGCCUGCAGACGCAUCGCCUGGGGGAAAUUCAUGAACAGCGGCCAGGGGUGCGUGGCCCCCGAUUACAUCCUGUGUGACCCCUCGAUCCAGAACCAAGUCGUGGAGAAGCUCACAAAGUCCCUGAAGGAGUUCUACGGGGAGGAUGCCAAGAAGUCCCGCGACUACGGGAGAAUCAUCAACUCCCUACACUUCCAGAGGGUGAUGGGCCUGAUGGAAGGCCAGAAGGUCGCCUACGGGGGCACCGGGGAUGCGACCAGCCGGUACAUAGCCCCCACCAUCCUCGUGGACGUGGACCCCCAGUCCCCGGUGAUGCAGGAGGAGGUCUUAGGGCCCAUAAUGCCCAUCGUAUGCGUGCGCGGCCUGGAGGAAGCCAUCCAGUUCAUCAGCCAGCGCGAGAAGCCCCUGGCCCUCUAUGUGUUCUCCCUAAACGACAAGGUGAUUAAGAAGAUGAUCGCGGAGACUUCUAGUGGCGGGGUGACGGCCAACGACGUCAUCGUCCACACGACCGUGCCCUCGCUGCCCUACGGGGGCGUGGGGGGCAGCGGCAUGGGGUCCUACCAUGGCAAGAAGAGCUUCGAGACCUUCUCCCACCGCCGCUCUUGCCUGGUGAGGCCUCUGCUGAAUGAGGAGGCCCUCAGAGCCAGAUACCCCCCGAGCCCGGCCAAGAUGCCCCGUCACUGAAGCUGCCCUGGCCUCGCUGUGCUGCGCCCUUGGACGGCUGCUCCUGGCACCCCUCUUGCUCCGAGGGCAUCCUCGCCUCCCUCUCUAGAGUAGAGACCAAUAAAGUUUCCCAGCAGCCCAGGA